GAUUCGCAGUGACUCUUCCUUUACUCCUUCCUUCUCUUUCAAUCUCUAGGCGGUAUCGUACACCCAACGCCCUCUAAAUCAACGGCGAGAUCAAGGAGGUGUUGUGAAUGCUGGGAAUCUCGACCGACGUUGAACAUCGGAGUUUGAUGCUUUCCCUCCGCGAUCUUCACCGGAAGGGAAGCUCACUCGUUUUCGCUUUUGGCUCCUGCAGGCGAGGCUGGUACUAUCGUUGCCUCGACCUCGACCCUUGAAUUCUAACAUAUUAAUCCGUAUAGGCUUUCGGAGGCAAGAAGAGAAACGUUUCUUCUUUCUUUGUUUUGGUUGAGUGGAGAGGGAGAGGGAGAGAAUGCUGAUCCAUAACAGCAACAAGCAGAAGAAGAGCCAGGGCGCGAAGGGUAACGUGAGCAGGCUGCUGAUCAGCAUCAACGUGAUGGGGAGCCCUGGGCCGAUCCGGUUCGUGGUGAGCGAGGAUGAGCUGGUGAGCUCAGUCAUCGACACGGCCUUGCGAACCUAUGCUCGCCAGGGUCGCCUCCCGAUUCUCGGGUCCGACCCCGGCGACUUCCUGCUCUACUGUGCCAACGCCGAAUCAGACGCUCUGAGUCCAUGGGAGACAAUCGGAUCGCAGGGGGCUCGAAAUUUUCUCCUGUGGAAGAAGCAGAAGGCGGAGGAGGCGGAUGAGGGAAGCCCGCCCUCGGCAAUCGGUCGGAAGGGGAGUGGCUGGAAGGCGUGGAUUAAUAAGUCCCUCAAUCUCAAGAUUCCUUCGCAUUAGUCACCAAAUGACAAUAUUUUCAGCUCUGCGUGUCCAUAAAUUUGCAGUUUCUGUCCAUAAAUUCACAUUUAUUUCCUGAAUUUGUGCUUUCGAUUUGCAGUUGUGUACAUAUUCGUUAUGCUAUUAUAGAAACUCAGUCCAAAAGUGCGAGGAUCAA